AUGAGUAAGUCACUUUAUGGCUCGUCUGAAUGGUUUAAAGUUGAUUUCAGUUUAUACGAGGGUCCUGAUAAACGAGCAAGGCUUGCUGAUCAGGAGGAUGCUGCUCGACGCGCUGUGCAAUCGUCAAUUGUUAUGCCAACUAUCGAAACAAAAUCACGUGAGGCUGCUAUUUCGGAACUCAAAGGUUCCGAGAAAAAGGAGGUUAAUGUGAGGUCUGUUUUGUUCGAUUUGGGAGAAAACCAGAUUUUUUUAGGGAUAAUUAGUAAGAAAUUUGUAAAAAAUUUGCUAGUUGAACUUCAAAUUCGAUAGGC